UUCAUGAGCAUCCAAUUUUCUUUAUCUAUAUAUAUACGUUACUACAGCACCCACCUUCGUUGUGUUCUAUUUCUCUACACCAAUUUUUUUUCUUUUUUUUGCUUUUAAUUUCAUUUUGAUUUCUUAUAGUGUUUAAGUUUCGCUUUCAUACCUUUUGUUUGGAUCCCGUCGAUCGCCAGUCCAUGGCGGAGCACCAAAAGAUUCAUCCAGUCCACGACGUCGAAGCACCGCCCACGGCGGCUCCCACUGACCCUUUAGUGCCGCAUGGAACAGAAAAAUCCGACGCCGGAGCGCCACGCACGGCGGAGACUGCCGUUCAAUAUCCACCGUUCAAGCGAACGAUUCCGGUGAUGCACUCGAAGCCACCGAAGAAGAGGAGAAGCUGUUGCUGCAGAUGCCUCUGUUGGACGAUCUCGAUUUUAGUCGUCCUCCUGAUUUUGAUCGGAAUCGUCAUCGGGAUCCUGUACCUAGUGUUCCGGCCGAAGCUGCCGGAAUACUCAAUCGACAAAUUGCAAGUGACGCAGUUCACGCUUAGUGGAAACGACCGAUUAGACGCGACUUUCAACCUAACUCUGACCACUACGAACCCUAACAAGAAAAUCGGAAUCUAUUACGAAGGAGGGAGCCAUAUAAGCGCGUGGUACACGGAAACGAAGCUUUGCGAAGGGGCUUUACCGAGAUUUUACCAAGGCCAUCGGAAUAGGACGGUGCUGAACGUGCCGUUGGUCGGAGUGACGGAAAACGCCACCGCGCUUUUCACGACGCUGCAGCAGCAGCAGCAACAAACAGGAAAUAUUCCCUUGAAUCUGAAUGUGAGGCAGCCGGUGAGGAUAAAGCUGGGUAGCUUGAAGCUGAUGAAGGUGAAGUUCUCGGCCACCUGCAGACUGUUGGUUGAUAGCGUUUCAGCGAAUAACGAUAUCGUCAUUAAAAACAGUAGCUGCAAGUUCAAGCUCAGGCUAUGAAAUACCAGCUCCUUUUUUGUACGGUGCAUUUAUUAUUAUUAUUUUUUUAAUUACUAUUCGCGUUUUUUCAGUUAAUUAUUAUUCUUUUUUAGUUUUUAGUAUAUGUAUAUUAUUGUAAUUUUCUUUUUCCUUUUCCUGAUACUGAUACACGGUGCAGACUAGUAAUUACUGAAAAUAAAUCAUAUAUGACGUGAGCAUAUUUGAAUAAGAUACUAUUACAGUUCAAUA